AUGGCGGCGUCCUCCUCUCAGGGGGGCGGCGGCGAGCUCAUCCUGGCGGCCCCUCACGGCCGGCCGAUCACCGCCUACGACGCGCUCACGGGCGACGUCGUGGCCGAGUUCCCGGCCGCCAACACGCCGCGGCACGGCCUCGCUGCCGCCACGGGUCCCGGCACGGCGUUCGUCGCGGCGUCCCACGUCUGCCCGGCCACGGGCGCCGGGUCGAUCCGCCUGCUCCAGUGGUGGUCCCCGGCGCCCGCGCGCGAGCUGCCGGUCCCCGAGCCCGUCGCGGCGCCCUACGGCUCCCACCUCCUGGCCGGCGGCGGGUCCGGAUGCGUGCACGCGCUCGCGCUCCCGUCCGGCGCCGUCGCUAGCUCGUUCCGCGCCCACGGUGCUGGCGCCGUCUCCUGCCUCGCCCUCAACGACGACGGCUCGCUCCUCGUGUCCGGCGGCGACGACGGCGGGGUGGCCGUGUUCCCGCUCAUCCGCGUCCUGGACGUCGACGACGCGAGCGGCGCUUCGCCCGCCGCCGACCCCGCUAUCUACCGCGUCGACGCGUACGUCGCGCCCGUGACCAGCGUCGUGUGCGGGCGCGGGGGGUGCAACGCCGUCGUCGCCUCGGCCUCCGCGGACGGCACGUGCAAGGUUUGGAGGCUGGCGGACGGCGCCCACCUCCGGACCCUCGCGCUCCCGUGCGCCGCGCUCUCCCUCGCGCUGGACCCCACGAGCUCCAGCCUCUACGCCGGCUGCUCAGACGGCCGCUUCCACGUCGUGUCCCUCAACUCCCCGGGCACGAACGCCUUGACGGCCACAACCUCGCACGCGAGCGACGACAGCGCCAGCGCCGCGGCGCUCGUCGCGGUGUCCCUGGCCAACGGGUGCAGGAACCUGGUGUCGUGCUCCGAGGACGGCGAGGUGAGGGUGUGGGACCUGACCCGCGGGCUGCUCCUCGCCAACGCCUUCUGGGCCAGCGGCGCGGUCGGCGGCGUGCUGGUGGUCAGGAGGGUGCCCGGCGAGCUGGCCAGGGGCGGCGGCGAGCGGUUCAGGCUCCGCGACGGCGUGGCGUGGACGAGGACCCGCGAGCUGGCGGAGAUGGGCCGGCUGCUGCGCGCGGAGGAGGAAACGGCGACGUCCGUGGAGCUGAUCGAGAUGAACGCCGGCGUCUACAGGAGGUGCCUCCGGCUGCUGCUCCGGGAGGUCACGACCGUGGCCAACGGCGGCCGCCGCGGUGGCGUCAAAGACGGCAAUGCCAGUGACUGA